AUGUACUCUUCAGACAGGUUUGGGUUUUGGAAGCCCACAUCCACUAGCAGUCAGAGCAUCCAGAAGGCGACACAGUCCAGCAAUCGUACUCUCAAGGAGGCCAGAGGUAAAGCGGCAGAGUCUGAUACCAGUGACGAUGACAAGGAUCAGGGCAGAAUUGACGACGAUGACGACAAACAAAUGUAUGUCUCCCACUACCAUCUCAUCUGCAAUAUCACGGUGUUUGGCCAGCAUGAAGGGAAUUCAGGUGACAAGCAUGAGAAUGGAACUCAGGAUGAUCUUGAUCUCGAUGACGCUAAUCUUGACGAUGCUAAUCUGGAUGAUGAUAAUCUAGAUAAUGAUGAGGAUUUUAACCACCAGCCUGACACUCAAGAGAAAGACUUUGAUGACGAUUCUAAAGAUGAAGCCAGGGACAAAACAGAGGAAAGUUGUGGCAUUCCAAAUUUCGGCAUUCUGCAUCGCCUCACAGACACUCAUCUAAGCAUAUUUCCUCCCGUGUGCAUUCUCGGUCAAGGUCUCCUGUUUGGUGUUCUGCAUUGCCUCGCAGACACUCAUCUAAGUGUCCUUCCCCUCGCAUGCAUUCUCCUCUCAUACGGUCAAGGUCUCCAGCUCAGCAUCCUGCAUCACCUCAGCAGACAUGCAUCUAAGUAUCCUUCCUCCCGCAUGCAGUCUCCUCGUCGGCACUCUCCAUCUCGACCAAGCACUUCUUCCAAGGUCUCCUCUCAAAAACGCUCUCUGCCAAAGCCCGCUUAUCGGUCAGAUCAUGCAAGAUCACCCACUCAUUCGCGCUCUCGCAGUGCUACACCUGACAAACCUGAUUUGUACAGAAAUCAACGAAAGACCAGGACAGCUCAAGAGGACCCCACAAAGCUUGGCUUCUACCCACCCGCUUGGCAAACAUUUUUACAGGCAGCAAAGUUAGAGAUGUGUCUACAGGCCAUUCUAAUGCAUCCUGUUCCAGAGCAUCGAGACGCACUACAACUCGCCCAUGAAGUCAUUGACACUGAAUUGUGGAUAUAUCAUGAGAAAAAGAUCAAAUUGGAUAAUGGCUAUUUUCCGCAGUACCAGACACAAAUGGUGCGGCUGCUCUGUGAUGAUUUAUUUACAUUCUGCACAGAGUUGAAGAAAGUCGUCGUAUCCAUCACAAAAACAUACUAUGGCAUCUUCCCAAAGGGCGCCAUGGCACGCAAGGAAGAGAUGCAAAAAUGUGUCACUGCAAACGCCACUAAGCUACUGAAAACCAACAAUUAUCUUCAGUAG